CUCAACAAGCCGCGACGCACGAUCAAGAUCUACGUGGCCAAGAUGAAUGAAAACUGCUCUGCCUCACCCCGGACUGGGAAGGAGGGUGAUGCCGCCCUGUUCUCCACCUGGCUCGCACGAGCUGGGCACUGCUUGACUUGGUUCUCGUUUUAUCGGCCCUUUUUCCGCCCAAAUGCUUUGGUCCUGACGAGCAGUUUUGACGAGCAGCCUCCUGGCCUAUCCUUUGGGUCUGUCACCAAUGCACCACCUCUGUCCGCAUGGCGCCCAAUAGGGGGAAAAGGCACCAGCCAAAAUCACGCACGGCAUGCCUGACUUGCAGAAAGAGAAAGCUCAAGUGUGGAGAGGAAAGACCACACUGUCAAAGGUGCCUAAAAGCUGGCAAGAUGUGCGAAGGCUACCAGAUGCUGCUCAUCGACGGAGCGAUGAGUGUCAGUGGUCGAGUAUGGACCGUUCCACCCAUCGAUGGUGUUUGCAUCAGCGGCAGCGCCUCCUCUCUGCUUUCGGCAUUUACUGCGACCGCCGACGAGUGGCAGGCUUACCGGCUCUACACCCAGCAGAUAUCGUCGACGCUCGGCGGGCCCUUUUCCCUCGACGCUGACCUAUGGCAGAGACUCGUCCUUCAGAUUUCCCGUCACGACGCGGCCGUCCGCAACGCCAUUUUCACCCUGGGGAAUUUCUUCCGACAUGCCGUCCAAGAGAGCAACAACGGCCAAAUGUCCACGUGCGCCUGUCGCCGCUGUGUGCAAGCUCUGAGGUCCUACAACAGAGCCAUAGCGGCUUCGUUCGCCGAGCAAUCAUCGGCAAACGUCAAAGAUGACCCUGUCGCGUUGAACGCGGCCCUCACUUCGUGUGCCCUAUUCAUUUGCAUCGAAUUCUUCCGAAAGAGCGACCGCAAUGCGAUCGCCCUAAUCGACAGAGGCUGCGGAAUGCUCUUGCAAUCUCUCCGCCAAGCACCACAAGACCUGCAAACGAGUCGCGUGGAUCCGGGACUUUGGAAUCUAUUUGCCCGCCUUCGAGUCUUGUCGGCUUCAUUCGGCCAUGCUGGGCAGUGGCAAAUGUCACCACUAGGGAACUCUGCCCCUAGGGCUAUUCGCGAGCCACUCCCACCACUCUCUGACCGAUUGGAACGCGCCCGAAACUCUCUCUAUGACAUCCUUACUGCGGCUCUACGACUGAGGAGACGUUGUGCCGAAACCCUGAUCCCUAUGUGGCCUUCAAAGAGGACCUGCGUUGUCGAAUCGGUUCAUGAGUUGCGACACGAGAAAAAUCUCGUCGUCUCGAGGUUGCGCAUGUGGUAUGAGCAUUUUAUGGGGCUGCAAACAAUUCUGGAGUCUGCGCCACGGGAAUCACCAUCAUCCUCUCUCCCCGCCUUGAUACUCUACGGUCACUUUCUGCAGACAAAGAUAUACGCAGAGACGAGCUUGGAGUUGUCACAAGGGCGUUACGACCAGUACCUCUCGGAAUUUCAAACCGUGAUCCGAGUUGCGGAACGCGGACUACGUCAGUCGUUGGCAGGGGAUCAAAAGUAUGUCCAAAUGUUUUCAUUUGAGAGCUGUUUCCUCGGCAUGCUGUAUCUUUGCACCCUGAAAUGCAGGCAGCCGACGAUGCGGAGACAGUUAAUAGACUUGAUGCGCCUCUCGAGUGAAAAAGAAGGGCUAUGGCACCGAGGAGAGUCCAUCACGGUCGCUUCCCGUGUGAUGGAACUCGAGGAAGGCCGCUCCGAAUUCAUCCCUGCUAUCGGGACAUUGACUAGAACGGCAACCCCUCUCUUCCACGACGUCUUGUGCGAGAUCAAUUACGUCGCUGACGGGAGGACCUUGGUCGACGUCACCUACGUCCUCCAUCAGGAACGCACGGCAGAGCACGAGUGGUUGGCCAUGAAAGAGACCUUGGUUGUGGUGGACCGAUGA